AUGAACGUACAUCCAGAACGCAUCUCUUCUUCCGCUGUUUUCACAAAUUCUAUCAACACUACCAUUUCAAGCGGCGGAAAAUUCUCUUUAUCAAAUUCUAAUACUUCAAAAAGUAUUUUUUUGCAACGUCCAACGAGUAAGACUUCUGAUAUUUCAGAGGAUAAAUCUUCUUCAAUAAAAAGGACAACAUCCACAUCUACUUCACGUUUAAAUCCUCUAAAGUCACCAACUUCUCUUUUCAUAAGAAAAAGGUUAUCUGUAAUAACUGACGAAAAUUCUGACCCCAAAACUUCUGUGACUCUAUCCAUAACCACUGAUAUAUCAGAAUCUUCCAACUCUUCAACUUAUCAAAUCAUAGAUGAUGAAAAUAAUUUAGAUAUCCUUACAUUUUUAGCUGCUCCACGUUUAACUCAACGUGUAAGAUUAAGUUCUGGUAGAGUAGUUAGUUUUUCUGAAGUGGGAGAUCGAAAUGGUUUUCCAGUUUUUAUAUUUUUGGGUAUGGGUUGUGUACGUUAUUUCAUUGCCUUUUUUGAUGAUUUGGCAAAAAGUUAUGGUUUAAGAUUAAUAUGUCCAGAUCGUCCGGGAAUUGGACUUUCAGAUGACGUAAAAUCGGAUGAACAAGGAGUAUUAAAAUGGCCAAGUGUAAUAGAAGAACUUUGUAAUAUAUUAGAUAUACCACAAUUCUUCUUAAUGGCUCAUAGUGCAGGCGCUCCAUAUGCACUUGCUUGUGCCCUAAAGAUUCCACAAAGAAUUAAAGGCACAAUUUAUCUUGUUUGUCCUUGGGUGAGCACAACCGUAGCAAAUAAUUUUAAAUGGUUACGAUUUGUUCCUACCCCAAUAAUGAAAUUCACAAAUUCAGCUGGAAUAUCAAUACAACAAAUUAUACAUGGUCGACAACCUUAUUCAACAAAACCUGCAUCACAAAGAAAUUCUGGUGCUUUGGCUGCUCAAGUAUCUAAUGUUGAAAAGAAGCAACAACUAGGGCUCGCUAUUCUCAAAGCUUCUUUUGCCGAAAAUUUAGCUGGUGCAAAUAAUGAUUUAGUAAUGUGUUUCGAACGACGUCGUCCUUUCGGAUUCUCUUAUGUUGAUGUUGAACGUUCAGUACAUGUAUUUCAUGGAACAAAGGAUGAACGAAUUCCGGUGUCAGCUGUACGAUGGAUGGAAGAGAAUAUGCCAGAUUGUAGAUUAACAUUAAUUGAAGGUGGAAAACAUUCAUUAUUUCUUCGUGCUGAAGUUGUGGAUACGAUAUUCAAAUCAAUAGCUGUACAACUUCAUGAGAGAAAAUUGUGUCGAAUGUGUCAAAUAUCAACCAAAUGUUGGCUACAAGAAGAAGCAGAACAAUUAAAAAAAGAAAGGGAAUUACAGAUUCAAAAAAAGGUUGAAUCAUCCUUUGCAAAAUUGACACGAAAAGCUUCUUCAGAUUCAAAUAUAAUAGGGAAUCCAAAUUUUGUUAUGAAUCGUUCUUCCGCUGAUCAAAUACCACAAAAUGGUAAUAAAUUACUUACUGUAUAUACAUAUUUCUAA